AUGUCUUAUCAAAAGGGCGAGAAGGACUUUGGUGCCGGCGAGGGUCCCAAAGUGCACAAAAUUAGAAUCACCCUCUCCUCUCGCAAGGUCGCUUCCCUCGAGAAAGUGUGCCAGGAGCUCAUCGAGCGUGCCAAGACAAAGUCUCUUACCGUGAAGGGACCUGUCCGUCUUCCCACCAAGACUCUCCAGAUCUCCACACGUAAGACCCCCAACGGUGAAGGUUCCAAGACCUGGGACAAGUUCGAGAUGCGCAUCCACAAACGUCUCAUCGACCUACACGCCCCUACCGAGACCGUCAAACAGAUCAUCAUCAACAUUGAGGCUGGUGUUGAGGUUGAGGUUACCAUUGCUGCUUAA